AGUCCGCGAUGGGGAACACAACUUCGUGCUGCGUGUCGUCCAGCCCCAAGCUCCGGAGAAAUGCGCACUCGCGGUUGGAGUCCUACCGCCCGGACACGGACCUCAGCCGUGAGGACACUGGCUGCAAUCUGCAGCACAUCAGCGACCGGGAAAACAUCGACGAUUUAAACAUGGAAUUCAAUCCUUCAGAUCAUCCUCGGGCCAGCACAAUAUUUCUCAGCAAAUCUCAGACAGAUGUGAGAGAAAAACGCAAGAGUCUCUUCAUUAACCAUCAUCCUCCAGGGCAGAUAUCAAGGAAAUACAGCUCCUGCUCCACCAUCUUCCUAGAUGACAGCACAGUCAGUCAGCCAAACCUCAAAUACACCAUCAAAUGCGUAGCUCUUGCGAUAUAUUACCACAUCAAAAACAGGGACCCAGAUGGAAGGAUGCUCUUAGAUAUUUUUGAUGAAAACCUCCACCCUCUUUCGAAAUCCGAAGUGCCACCUGAUUAUGACAAACACAACCCAGAGCAGAAGCAGAUUUACCGGUUCGUUCGGACGCUGUUCAGUGCUGCUCAGCUGACAGCUGAAUGUGCCAUUGUCACCCUGGUAUACCUUGAGAGGCUCUUGACAUACGCAGAGAUUGACAUCUGUCCAGCCAAUUGGAAGCGCAUUGUUCUAGGUGCCAUCCUGCUGGCCUCUAAGGUCUGGGAUGACCAGGCUGUGUGGAAUGUGGAUUACUGCCAGAUCCUGAAGGACAUCACAGUGGAGGACAUGAAUGAACUGGAGCGGCAGUUUCUUGAAUUGCUACAGUUUAACAUCAAUGUUCCUUCCAGUGUGUAUGCCAAGUAUUAUUUUGAUCUUCGUUCCCUGGCAGAAGCAAACAACCUGAGCUUUCCUCUGGAGCCCCUAAGCAGGGAGCGUGCCCACAAGCUUGAGGCCAUCUCUCGUCUCUGUGAGGACAAGUACAAGGACCUGAGAAAGCCCAUGAGGAAGCGUUCAGCCAGUGCUGACAACCUGAGUCUGCCACGGUGGUCCCCGGCCAUCAUCUCCUAAGUGGGGCACUCUCCUGAGGCCAGGCUGUCCUCAGGUUCUCCUUUGUUUAAGAAAAGUUGGACUUGGGUGAUUCAAUUUGAUUUUUCUUUUUUCCUUCUGUUUUUAACAAUAGCCCCAUCAAGGCUGCCUUCACACCCACCUCUACACUGCGUGGCUGCACGCAAAGAGGCUUUAAGGGACGUGAAAUCAGUAUUCAGGAAACUCGGUGUCAAGCCUUCCCGGCCGUCACAAAUAGCACUUCUUUCAUGGAGGAAACAGACUCUAAUCCUGGAGAAGGAAAUGAAGGAAAAGGAAGUUGUGUUGAGGCAGAGAUUACUUGGUAGCGUUGCUGUUGGUUUCUGGGUCCUUGUCUGGUCAUAGAUACCAGAUGGAGCCAGGUGAUAGUUAGCAGAGUUGAAUGCAUCUCCAAAUCAGGAACGCCAUGCUAUGCCCUUGGAAUCAGUAUGCUCUGGAGGACUUCCUGCAUUCCUUCUUGCUGCUCUCUUGGGAUUGGGGAUGGGGAUAUUUGCUCAUUUUUAUUCUGGUUUGAUUUUGAUUCCUCAGAGCAGAGAGUAUAGUUUGUAACCACCAUGGCACAGACAUACAAAUAAAUAGUACUGAUUGCUUAUCUCUGCUCCAUUUUCUCUAGCCUUCUUCUGAGCUUUCUUCCUCACAAGUAAGAUGUGCUUGUUGUGUUUCUACACACCUGUUUUAUACGAUUCUCUUUCAACAAAAGCAGGAUUAACUUGACUGUAGUACUGAACCAAAACUAUCCCUCUCCUGCCUAAUUCUAAGAACAUUCUGUCUAGAUUAACAUGGGUGCUUGUGCCUUCCAGUUUUCUUGCAAUUGGUUGUUCUUGGUUUUGGUUUUGUCACCUCCUCUCCAUCCCAGGUUCUCUUUUUCCUGCUGACAUGAAGGUGUAAUUACAAAACUCGAUCGGCUUUGCGGCUAAAGGCAAAGGUCCUCAGCACAGGCAUCUUGGAUAGAGAGGCAUCCGGGAAGCCAGGUUUCCUGACCUCAUGAGGAGCCCUGUCCAUGUGCUCCCUGCCUGGUCGUUCUUCUACUUCCAUGUCCAUUGUUGUAAGCAAUAUUCUCCUUGAAUUUUAUAUGCUUCCUUUAAAUCAAAUUUAGUCUAUUUGUAUACUGUUUUUUUUUUUUAAUCUAAAAUUUAGAAAAUGGGGAGUGGGUGGGUGGGUAUUCCAGUGAGAAGAUCACUAAAGGGAAAAAUGUUACUAUUUCCUGAGGUAUUUUUCACAGAAUGAUUGAAUAAAAACAAAAAUUCAACUUGCAUUCUCAUUGUAGGUGCUUGGAGAAGCUACAUAAACUGUGAAGGUCCAUACUUCCUUAAUUAUAACCAGCUUUUGUGUUUUCUGACUGUUUCUGACUUGUUUUGGGGAUAGAUUAAACUCUUCUAUUGAGUACAAUAAAAGGGUUAAAGGUACCUAUCAAAGAGAGAAUCUAACAUGAAAUCUAAGAGUCUGAGUCACACACAAGUGCUUUGCUUCUGCCCAUCUUCUUUGGUUGCAGUGACCGAAGUUUGUAAGGUUUUCCUUGUUCAAAACAAAUCGUAGCAUUUGCUUUGUUAUAUACUCCUCCUGUGUGAGCUUGGAAAAGUUUAGAAUUGUGUGUUAGUUUUGAAUACCCUGAAAUCGUAGGCCUGACCCCUUUCAAAAGAGCACACUUUGAAAAUGGAAGGAACAAAAUGUCAAAAUCCUAAAGAUAUGGAGCCACAAAUGUUAGUCAGGAUUCAGUGCAGUUCUUGUGCAGUUCUGUAUGCAAUAUGAGCACGUUUUAGCCUAAACUUCCAAAGCAGGAAGUAAAAAUUAACUACCCUCCUGUGCAUCUCUGAUGAUAUGUUCUGAGUGGGAAACAGGAUCAGCUUCUCUCCUUACGAACCUUAGACAGAGAUCUAAAAAGGUAGAAAAUAUCAUUUUGUAUUCCCUCAUCUCUAUAACUCUAAAAGGGACCUAUUUUCUUAGCCAAAUAUGAAUACCUCUUAGAUGAAUACCUUCCUCUCAUGUAAAGUACCUUAUUUUACCUGCCCAUUUCAGGAAAGAACUGCUGACUUGAUAGCAGAAAUCUUAUUUUUAUUCCUUUUAUUUGAAUGGGAGAUUUGGAAAUUGUCUUAUGUAAAUAGUUCAAUGCACCUGAUACUAUUUUGUGGAGUUUAUUAAACUACUUUAAAAGAU